UCAUGUAGGCAUUCGACUAAAUUCACACCAGUUUGCUUCGGUCUUACAACCACCAGGGGAGACACAUCUUUACAAACCGCUUCUAAUGCUGCCAAGUCCGGCUCUAGCCGAGCCCCCGCCCGCAGGCACGCCGGGUUGCGAGAGCUCGGAGUGGGCGUUUCUCCAGCUCUCUCGCCGGUCUCUCUGACUGAGCUCCCCGCACUGGAACCAAACAAUCAGGUGAUUCUUCUCCAGGGCGUUGCGCACCGGACACCAACAUCACCGUCGUUUCAUUAAGAAAAAAAAAAAAAAACCGGCCAGUUAUAUUGUUCAUUCCGUUUCUCUAAAAAACACUGUUUUAUUUAUAUCGCUGUCUUUUAUAUUGCAGAUAAUUAUUUGCUGUAAAGUCUUGACAGAAAGGAGAUAAGCAGAAUGGAGACGGAAAUCCAUGUGCCCGUCGGUUCGCCGGUAAUCCGAAAAUUGUCAAUUUGCGUGGAUGAGCAUAAUGUAAUACCCGGUGCAUUGAAACUGAUCAAAAAGCUUCGACCCGCCUGGGACACCGACCGGGUACAAACCAAGUUGUUCACGGAUGGCAUCACUAACAAGCUGGUGGGCUGCUAUUUGGAGGAAUGCCCGGCUGACACUGUGCUGGUCCGGGUCUAUGGGAACAAGACGGAGCUGUUUGUGGACCGUGACAACGAGCUGAAGAGUUUCCAAGUCCUGCACGCCAAUGGCUGCGCCCCGCACCUCUACUGUACCUUCCAGAACGGGCUGUGCUACGAGUUCAUGCAGGGGGACGCUCUAGGACCCCAACAUGUCCGGGACCCUGUGCUUUUCAGAUUGAUUGCUGUGGAGAUGGCACGGAUCCACACUAUCCAUGCGCACAACGGCUGCAUUCCCAAACCCAACCUGUGGAUCAAGCUGCGGAAAUACUUCUCCCUCGUGACAACAGAGUUCACGGCAGAGGCCUCCAACAUCAGGAUCCAGCAGGAAGUGCCCAGCCUGGAAGUGCUUGAACAGGAAAUGGCGUGGAUGAAGGAGCACCUCUCGCAGCUCGGCUCUCCCAUAGUGCUUUGCCACAACGACCUGCUGUGUAAAAACAUCAUCCACAACGACAAAGAAGGCCAAGUCAGAUUUAUAGAUUACGAGUACGCCAGCUACAAUUACCAAGCCUUUGACAUUGGGAACCACUUCAAUGAGUUUGCAGGAGUGAGCGAGGUGGACUACUCCCUCUACCCCAGCAGGGAGCUCCAGAUGCAGUGGCUACACAUCUAUUUGCAGGCCUACAAGCGCUUCACCAAGAAGGGGGAGGAGGUGACGGAGUGCGAGAUCGAGACGCUCUACGUGCAGAUCAACAAGUUUGCUUUGGCUUCUCAUUUCUUCUGGGGCUUCUGGGCGCUCAUUCAAGCCAAGUACUCCACUAUCGACUUUGACUUUCUCGGGUACGCUGUGCUGCGGUUCAAUCAGUACUUCAAGAUGAAGCCUGAAGUGAUGGCACUAGAGAUCCCUGAAUGAUCCCUGGCCUCUCACAGCAGCGGCAGCUCCUCCUGAAGUCUUUUUAAGGACUUCAAACGAGACGCAGAAGCACUUUUCAGAUGGGAACUGAGGUUACACUGGUUUAGUUAGUCCGGUGAAGGGGGGGGGGGGGGGGUAACACACAUUGCACAAGCCCCUCCCUUUCCUGUUCUCCUUCCAUGUCUAGCUGCAGCACAUCACAACAAUACAUGAAGUCUGUUUUAGUUGGAUGAUCAGGCCACCAUUUUGCCAGAUUCUUGAUUUGCCUGAAUGUCAUUUGAAUUGUGGGUAGUGAAGAUCCUACACAGGCUGAAUGUUGUGCCAAGGUGGCCAAAUCAAAACUGUAAAACCCACGAGGACCAUAUUAAUAUUUGUGCGUUGGAGAUGUAUUGGAAUUCCCCUCUGAAUGCUGCACAAGGGGCUGAUCUGAAUGAAUUCCUGCAAUAAACCGAACGUGUGUAAAUCAGUAUUCCUGUAGAUCUAAUCGAUCCAUUCACUACUGCCCCACACUCUCAGUUUGUUGCAUGAAUGUUCUGUCUUUUGUUCUACUCCCCCUGUCUAAUAGUAGCGAUUCUGGUGCAUUCCAUACUUUGGAAGCAGAAUUAUGGGAGGAGUAGAGGUACGUGAAUUUUAAAGCUUCUUUUUUUCGGAUUGGGGUAGGUUUAUUGUUUUGGUGUUCUAGAACGUAAACUUUUUAAAAAGGCACGAUCCCCUUUCUGAAAGGCCCUGGCAGGGGGACAAACCUGGAGAUAAGCAUUUAUUACAUAAAGAUAUUCCAUAUACUGUGAAUGUAGAACACUGUGACCUACCUGCCCACGGUACUCACUCCUGAUUGGCUAAGCUAUAUCUUGGGCACCCCUUGUCCGAAUCUAAUGGAACUUACACCAUUUAUUAUUAGUGUUUAAUAUCCUUUUGUCUCACAAGGAAUGUGUAUAUACCUUUGCUUAUUAAUGUGACAAACCCUACCUGUUUUAGGGAUAAGAUUUAAUGCAAAAUAGACCAGUGUCUGCUAAUUAUUAAUUCAUCGGAAAGAUUUCUUUAACUUGUUUUUAUCAUUGAAAAAAUAUAAUUUGCAACAAGUGUUGCACUUCAGCCUCGGUUACUAACGAAGCCAUUCAUUUGUGAGGGUUAAUUAAUAAUUGCAAUGAUCUGUGAAUUAUUUAAAGGUAUUUUGAAAUGGGUAAUGUAUAAAUACAUAUAUUCUGAAGUAAGAAUAUACAAAAUGAAAGUAAAUGAAGAUUUUUGGGGGCGAAUUGAAGGCGUGUAGAACACAGCUGGACUUUACUGAAAUUGUAAAACUGGGUGACACAGUGACUGAAUGCCGUAGCAUUUCAACUGGAAGAGCUGACAUUCCUAGGUGAAGUUUAUCACCGAUAUUAAAACGUGAUCCCGUCUUACUUGACUUAGAAUAUAAAUUAUACAUUUGCCACAUUUGAUGUAUUAAUAUAAUGUCGUGAUAGUUUGUCCCCAGCACGAUGCCUCCGGGAAGCCCAGGGCUGAAUCGCAGGAGUGAGGGCUCUCUGAGGGUUCAUUAUUUCGGUGUGAAAUCAGCCUGACCUGACUGCAGUCACUAAUAACUGGUUUCACACAUUCCUAUUGGUACUAGCCAACCUUUGCCGCCAUUGCUAAAAAUGCAUCUGUGAAACCAGCCUUUUGUGUAAUAAAAAAUAUCAUAUGUGCAUUUUUAAAUGGUUGCAAUGCCGUAUUUAUUUAUAUUUUAUACAGAAAAUGUGGUAGUAAUUACUAAUUAAGUCAUAUGUAAGUGCUUUGAUGUUACUAUAAGUAUUUGCAAAUAACUUAAUGUGCUUUUUGUAAUAAUAAGUCCCACUAAAACAUUAGGUCAAUAUCUAAACUACUGCAGUAGCGCACCUCUGAACAGAUCCUGAUUAGCACUUCUCAUGGCUAUCUAAUCUAACGUAAUCUUAGGUGGUCCUAAACUUGGUUGAUUUAAGUGCUGUGUAAUAACAUGUAAUGGCAGUUACAUGAUACCUAAUGAGCAAUUAUUAUAUAAAACACUUGCACAAACACACCCACUCUCAUUUCAAACACACAUUCAUGUUGUCAACACUAUUGGAUACCAAUGAUUUAUUUUAUUUAUUUAUUUUUUUAAAGUUGUGUGUCUUGAGAAUAACAUUGCCCUGCUUCGAAUGAUUACCUUUGUGAAUGUACUGACCCAGUUUAACUUGAACUGUACAGAAUGCCUGUGAGUUGAAUUUCUAUGCUGUUGACGUGUUAACUGUUUGAAUCGUGUGUUGGGUUUGUUACAGGAGGAAGAUUAAAUGUUAAUCAUCUACAGAACGUUGAAAUGGAGUGUGCUUCAGCGCUCCUGUAUUGUGAGUGUGCUGCAGGGGGGUGGGGGGUGCUCCAGCGCUCCUGUAUUGUGAGUGUGCUGCAGGGGGGUGGGGGGUGCUCCAGCGCUCCUGUAUUGUGAGUGUGCUGCAGGGGGGUGGGGGGUGCUCCAGCGCUCCUGUAUUGUGAGAGGGCAAAUACAACAGCAACCUGUAAAUACUGUAAUUUUGUGAAAAUUCCUGGUGUACAGUGGCACUUGUACAAUUGUGUAUGUACUUCUUGGAAGAUGUUAUUUUACAUUGGCUAGUAAAUAUUUGCAUUAAAAGACAAAAAAAAA